GUACGGGUCGGCGCACGCGGCCGCGGUCCGGGUGACUUUGCGGAGCAAUGGAGGGCGGCUUCGGCUCAGAUUUCGGGAACUCCGGGGGUGGGAAACUGGACCCCGGUGUCAUCAUGGAGCAGGUGAAAGUACAGAUUGCCGUCGCCAACGCGCAGGAGUUGCUACAGAGGAUGACGGACAAGUGCUUCCGGAAGUGCAUAGGAAAGCCGGGGGGCUCCUUGGAUAAUUCUGAGCAGAAGUGCAUCGCCAUGUGCAUGGACCGCUACAUGGACGCCUGGAACACGGUAUCCCGUGCCUACAACUCGCGGUUGCAGCGUGAGCGGGCCAACAUGUAACGAGGACCCUCCAGGAGCCCCUUCCUCCAACCCCCAUGUCCUUAUCCAUAAACAUUCUGAGACGUGACAGCGAAGAAGCGGGGUUCCGUUGCGCCUGGACUGCCCCUCACUGCGCACUGAACCUCACCCUGUCCGCCUCCGGUGUAAAUUGAGUCUGGGGACCCAGGGCCUUCCUAACGUGCUGGCAGCUCGGGGUCAGGCCGUGGAGACCCCCUUUGUGCUCCCUAAGGUCGACUGCAUGCCCCAGGUAACCCUUGUUUGGACUUUGGUGGGAGGGUAGGGGUGGGCAGCCCAGAGCCGACUUGAGCUCACCUGAGCCCAAACCACUUGAGGCUGUGAAAUAAAUUGCUGAGAAUGGA